AUGAGCAGACGAGGGGCGGCGAUUGCGGUGUCCCAGUCUCUCGGCUACCUCGUUUCUCCAAAGGCCAGAAGCGGCCGCGCCCAUCUGCUUCCCCCGUCUGCGCUGGGGCACCGCCUCUACUUCUUCAGCAGCAGCUGCGCCGACGACGAUCUCUCUGGUUUGAAUGAGGCCGACUUCGCCUUCCCACCGGAGGGACGGCGGCUCAGGCGACAUGGGCAGUGCCAAGGGGGCUUGUCGGCCAAGGACUUCGCCUUUCUGCACGAUACUGUUAAGGACGUCGGGGGGAAGGCCUCCAGAUCCCCGUCCAUUGAUCCAGGAGGCUCGAGGGAGGCCGCCAUUGCCAUUUCCGAGGUUAUCAGGUCCGCGCGCGACGUGUUCGACGAUAAGACCCAGAGCUUUCUCCGCCAAUUCAGAGGAAAGCUCGACGGGCCUUUGGUGUCUGAGGUUCUAAGACUUGUUGAGGAUCCUGAAUUGGCGGUAAGAUUCUUCAUAUGGGCUGGUCGGCAGAUUGGGUACCAACAUAACCAUGGUACCUGCGAAUUGCUGUUGGAGAUAUUAGGAUCCCGGAGAAGCAGUAGAAUCCCUGAAAAAUUUCUCAGGGAAGUGGGAGAAGACGACAGAGAAGUCCUCGGCAGGCUGCUCAAUGUUCUAGUCCUCAAGUGUUGUAGGAGAGGACUCUGGAAUGAAGCCCUGGAGGAACUGGGGAGGCUCAAGGACUGGGGGUAUAAGCCCACAAGGACGACAUAUAACGCCCUGAUUCAGGUCCUUUUGAAGGCCGAAAGGUUAGAUUCAGCUUUCCUGGUUCACUUGGAGAUGUCGAGGUCGGGUUUGUUCAUGGACAGCGUAACUAUGGGUUAUUUUGCCUGCUCUCUGUGCAAGGAGGGGAGGUGGGUCGAGGCUCUGAAUAUCAUAGAGAAGGAAGAUUUCACACCAGACACCGAUCUAUACACCAAAAUGAUCCAGGGGCUAGUUGAAGCUUCUCUAUUUGAGGAAGCUAUGGGCUUCUUGGACAGGAUGAGGUCCGUCUCAUGUCUCCCUAAUGUGGGGACUUACAGGACUCUGCUCUCGGGAUUCCUGAGAAAAGGGCAACUCGGUUGGUGUAAGAGGAUAAUUAAGAUGAUGAUGAUGGAAGGAUGCCAUCCCAGUUCAUCUUUAUUCAAUUCCCUUGUUCAUGCAUACUGCAGCUCGGGGGAUUACUCGUAUGCAUAUAAACUGUUUAAAAAAAUGUCUUCUUGUGCUUGUGGACCUGGCUACAUUACGUACAAUAUAUUCAUCGGAUCAAUUUGCAGCAGUGGCGAUUCACCAAGCUCUGAGAAGUUUGAAAUGGCGGAGAAAGCUUACAAGGAGAUGCUGGAUGCGGGCUUCGUGCUUAAUAAGGUAAAUGCCGGCAACUAUGCACAAUGCCUCUGUGCCUUUGGUAAGUUUCGAGCGGCCUUUUCGGUCAUCAAGGAGAUGAUGAACAAGGGAUUUGUGCCUGAUGCUGGCACCUAUGGAAGGGUGAUUGAAUUCCUCUGCCAGGCCCACAAGGUUGAGGAGGCCUUGCUCCUGUUUGAGGAGAUGAAGGAGAAUGGCGUUACUCCUGAUGUCUACACCUACACAAUCUUAAUUGACAGCUUCUGUAAGGUGGGCUUGAUUCAGCAGGCCCGGGAUUGGUUUGAUGGGAUGAUGAGAGAUGGCUGCACUCCAAAUGUGGUCACUUAUACUGCGCUUCUCCAUGGUUAUCUGAAGUCCAUGCGCUUGGUGGAGGCAAAUGAGCUCUUUCAGGCCAUGGUUAGUGCAGGAUGCGAGCCAAAUGUGGUCACUUACACCGCCCUUAUUGAUGGGCUUUGUAAAGCAGGCGAGAUUGAUAAGGCUUGCCAAGUUUAUACGAGGAUGAGGGGAAAUGGUGGUGUUAAGGGGGAUGAUGUAUUCGUUGGAGGCGAUGCCCACAAAAUAAAACCAAAUGUCUUCACCUACGGGGCUCUGGUUGAUGGUCUCUGCAAGGCCAACAAGGUAGCUGAGGCUCAUGAGCUCCUGGACGCCAUGUCCCUCUCUGGCUGUGAGCCAAAUCAUGAGGUCUAUGAUGCGCUAAUAGAUGGCUUCUGCAAGAUUGGGAAGCUGGACAAAGCCCAGGAGGUUUUCACAAAGAUGGCAGCCCGUGGAUACACCCCAAAUGUGUACACUUACAGCUCUUUGAUCGACAGGCUGUUCAAGGAUGGAAGGCUCGAUCUUGUGCUGAAGGUUCUGUCCAGCAUGUUGGAGGAGUCUUGCCCUCCAAACGUCGUCACCUACACUGAGAUGAUUGAUGGGCUCUGUAAAUUGGGGAAGGUUGAGGAGGCUCACAGGCUGCUGCUGAUGAUGGAGGAGAAAGGGUGUGACCCGAAUGUGGUAACCUAUACUGCCAUGAUCAACGGAUUUGGCAAAGCUGGUCUAGUCAAGAGGUCGCUCGAACUCCUGACCCAGAUGACUGCAAAGGGCUGUGCCCCCAAUUUUGUCACUUACAGGGUUCUGAUAAGCCAUUGCUGUGCUUCUGGGCUUCUGGACGAAGCCCGUGGAUUUCUAGAGGAGAUGAAGCAGACCCACUGGCCGAGAUAUGUGUCGGGGUACAAGAAGGUGAUCCAAGGAUUCAGCAGGGAGUUUCUCAGCCUGCAUGGGCUCAUGGAAGAGAUGCCGGCCAGUGGGCCCGUACCCCUUUUGCCUGCCUACUGCUUGCUCAUUGAUAGGCUUAACAAGGCUGGAAGGCUGGAGGCAGCCUUGGAGCUGCACAGGGAAUUGCUGAGCAGCUCGUCGAUUUAUACCGGUUAUAGAAAUAAGGAUUUAUAUUGUUCUUUGAUCGAAGCCCUCUGCAUGACAUUCAAGCUGGAGGAGGCUCUUCGAUUGUAUGCCGAGGUCACAAGGAGUGGUGCUGUUCCUGAAUUUUCGGUCUUCUUUGGGAUCAUCAAAGGGCUCUUUAUGGCCAACAAAUGGGACGAAGCUCUUCAAAUUUCUUACAGCUUAUGCUACAUGGUACGUUGCAACUCUCUCUCUCUCUCUCUACGUCUAACGUCUCUCUCAUAA